AGCAAUCAUGGAAAGUGCAGUCUUACAGGAUAUUAAGCCGAAUUAUUGUCUUCAUAAUCCGGAUCGACAGAUUUGGGUUUCAAGAAUUAAAUGUCAUGGUGUAGAGUAUCCCUACUCUUAUUGGGCUUAUUAAGAGGGUCACAUCUCCUUCUCUUCUCCAGAGCUGACCUCUGUGGUUGUUGAUGUUGUUGGAUUGCUGAAUAGAUUUUUAUUGAUUUUCUUUUGUUUUUUAAAUUUUGUUUGGAUGCAAUUUGAGCUAAAGUUGACACUUCCAGGAAGCAUUUGGAUCACUCACCUCAUCUACACUGAGCAACAUGGAGCAUAUUCCCCUCCACGAUGGAAACUCCUCAUCAUCUCACAGCUCAGUCAACACAGAGCUCCUGUCUCAGAGCGGCUAUACAAUACUGGCUGUUAUCAUGGGUGUGUUCUCCGUGGCUGGGAUCAUCCUCAACCUCCUGGUGAUUGUGGUGACAGUGAGGCACAGACAGCUGAGGCAGCCGCUCAGCUAUGCCCUGGUAAACUUGGCCAUAUGUGACCUGGGCUGUGCUGUGUUUGGAGGUCUGCCCACCACAGUAACCAGUGCCAUGGGAUACUUCAGCCUGGGACAUGUGGGCUGCAUGUUAGAGGGUUUUGCUGUUGCCUUUUUUGGUAUAGCAAGCCUGUGCACAAUAGCAGUCAUUUCUGUUGAACGCUACAUGGUGGUGUGUUAUCCCAUGGGUGCUGUCCUGUUCCAGACCAGGCAUGCUGUCAGUGGAGUGGUGCUGUCCUGGCUGUGGUCGUUUGUGUGGAACACGCCACCUCUGUUCGGUUGGGGAAGUUACGAGCUGGAGGGCAUCAAGACCUCCUGCGCCCCUAACUGGAACAGCCGGGAUGUCGGGGACGUGUCCUACAUCAUCAUAUACUUUUUCCUUUGCUUUGUUGUGCCAUUCUCCAUCAUUAUGGCGUCUUACUCACGGCUCUUGUGGACCCUCCGCCAGGUGGCCAAGCUGCAGGUAUCCGAGGCCGGCAGCACAAACCGCGUGGAGGUGCAGGUGGCACGCAUGAUAGUGGUAAUGGUGAUGGCCUUCCUAGUGACCUGGCUGCCAUAUGCUGGCAUGGCCCUCGCUGUCAUCAUGGACUCCAGUCUAAAUAUUGACCCCAUCAUUGCCACCGUACCUGUUUACUUGGCUAAAAGCAGCACUGUCUACAACCCCAUCAUAUAUAUUUUCAUGAACAGACAGUUUCGAGCAUACGCUGUUCCCACAGUCCUGUGUGGGUGGAACCCUUGGGCCUCAGAUCCACAGAUGUCUGAGGAUGAGACCACGGUCGCUUCUUUCGGCAAGACCCAAAGAGUCUCGCCGAAAGAGUCUUUGAAAGAAUGACAGCAGCACCAGAUCACCAGAACGACCUUCAGCCAUUAGUCUACCCUCUACACUGGACUGCAUAUCUGAAAGGACAUAUGUAGACACACCCAGGAUAAAAAAAGGAAGAAGGCAACAUCGUCAAACAAGACUCUCCGUGUGUUCAAUCUUUUUCCUGCUGCGGCUGUCACCACGUUUUAUGUAUCCUGACAAUAAAGACAAACCCUUUGUCCUGCUCUCUGUCAUGGAUAUUGUUGAUCAUGUGCUAUCCUUUGUGUUUCA